AUGACGCAGGCAUUGAAAGACUUCUACUUCAAGGAGCUAUUUCCUAUGGUCCCAGUAUUAGACCGUCAACAGACAGAGACGGAUGAUUCUAUCUUGCUACAGCAAUGUGUGUGCUUUGCAGGGAGUACUGUGCGCCAAUCAACUGAGCCAACCGAAUGGUCUCCCUCUACUAUUUACGGUCGCAUCAAGACAUUACUCUUCUUACACCAUGACCCUGACUCCUUUAACAUGCUCGCUGCUCUUUGCAUCUUAGGCACCUGGCUUCCAUACUCGGCAGAAGCUAUAGUCCUGGAUAGCCCUUGGUAA